AUGCUACAGGCACGUCAGUUGGGUAAGGAACUUUAUGUAGGGAUUCAUUCAGAUGAAGAGAUUUUGAAGAAUAAGGGUCCUGUUGUUAUGACAUUGAAGGAGAGAGUCAAGGCUGUUGACGCAUGUAAAUGGUCUACUCAGUCAGUUCCUGAUGCUCCAUAUGUGACUGACCCUAAGGUAAUGGACGAAUAUGGAUGCAAGUAUGUUGUACAUGGAGAUGAUAUUACAACUGAUGCCAACGGGGAGGAUUGCUAUCAAGAAGUUAAAGACUUGGGCAAAUUCGUUGUUGUGAAAAGAACACCUAACAUUCUGACCACUGAUUUGGUUGGAAGAAUGUUAUUGAUGAGUAAGGAUCAUCAUUACCAGCCAAUUCAUGACAUAAACAGCCAUAUUUUACUUGAAAAAAAAGAAAAUUUGGACAAAUUCGCCCAAUAUGCUACGGAUAAAACAGGUUUGAAGCCAGGUUCAGGCGUUUAUCUUAACAUCGACUCUAAUAAAGAAUUGCAUGUAUUGGUUGAGCCUUCAAAGGAAACUUUGAACAAGUACAAGUCAAUUGCCUACGUUGAUGGGGGCUUCGAUUUGUUCCACCCUGGGCAUAUCGAAGCUUUGAGACUUGUUAAACAAGAUGCCAUUAAAAAUGACUGUGCUGUCAUCGUGGGGGUACAUGACGAUCGCACCAUUAACGAAUUCAAGGGUCUCAACUAUCCAAUUAUGAACAUCUUUGAGAGAGCAUUAUGUAUAUUGCAAUGUGAGUAUGUCGAUGGGAUUGUCUUGGGAGCCCCUUUUUCGCCAACACCCCAAUUCUUAUCAAAGUUACCAGGAACGGUAGCUGCUGUGUACCACGGUCCAACUCCAGUGGAAGAAGAGCCAUACGCUGAAGUUAAAGAUAAAGGCCUUUUCAAAGAAAUUGGCCCUCACGAAUUCUCCAAUAUUAAUACCGAGUUCAUUGUCCACAGAGUGUUGGGCAAUAAAGAAGCCUAUGAAGCCAGGCAAAAGGCCAAAGGAUGGAAGGCCGAUCACGAAGCAAAACUUAGAUUAGAAGAACAAUCGCGUCUGAAAUCGUCGUAA